AUGGUGACACUGGUUUUGGGCUCCCAAUUUGGGGACGAAGGGAAGGGAAAAAUUACGGACCUUCUCUCACAAAAUGCGGAUCUCUGUUGCCGGUCAGCCGGCGGACAUAACGCCGGGCACACGAUUAUCCAUGACAAUGUCACGUACGAUUUCCAUAUUCUUCCUUCGGGCCUCAUCUCGCCGAAAUGCGUAAACCUAAUCGGUUCCGGAACGGUCGUCCACGUUCCCUCAUUCUUCAAAGAGCUCGAGGCUUUAGAAGGAAAAGGCCUAAAGGACGCACAUAAGCGUGUUUUCAUCAGCGACCGUGCUCACGUUUGCUUCGAUCUCCAUUCUGUUGUCGACGGUCUCGAAGAGGCAACCCUCGGCGGGCGGAAAGUUGGGACAACUGGAAAAGGUAUUGGGCCAUGCUAUAGCGAUAAGGCCGCGAGAAGAGGUGUACGGAUCGGACAAGUUCUGGAUGAGGGCGUUGUGGAGACAAAAUUGCGAAGUCUGGAGGCCGGCUAUCGACGACGGUUUGGGGAGUUGAACUAUGACUUGGAAGCGGAGAUCAACAGGUUCAAGGAAUACCGAACUUUGCUUAAACCUUUUGUGGUGGAUCAAUUGACGCUAUUACGCAAACAUAAGGACGCAUCCAUUCUCAUCGAGGGAGCUAACGCCCUCAUGCUCGACAUUGAUCACGGCACAUAUCCAUAUGUUACCUCGUCCUGCACCGGUUUAGGCGGCACCAUCCAAGGGCUUUGCUUGAACCCAACUCAGAUCAAAUCCAUAAUCGGGGUCGUAAAGGCAUACAGCACACGAGUCGGCUCAGGUCCCUUCCCCACUGAGCAAAUAAACGAAAUUGGCGAGAAGUUGCAAGUCACGGGCCGUGAGUUUGGAGUGACAACUGGUCGAAAACGACGCUGUGGGUGGCUUGACUUGGUGAUGUGCAGAUAUAGCACCGCAAUCAACCAUUACACUGCUCUCAAUUUGACCAAAUUAGACAUCCUGGACGAAUUUGACGAGAUAAAGGUUGCCGUCGCCUACCGUCUGGAAGGAAAGGAAAUCGAAUUCUUCCCUUCUGAUGCCGAUGUGCUGGAGAAGGUGGAGGUGGUGUAUGAUACGUUACCAGGCUGGAAGACGAAUACUAUGGGCAUCACGAAAUGGGAAGAUCUGCCACCAAACGCUCAGAAAUAUAUCGAAUACAUCGAGAAAGACAUAGGGGUUCCGAUUAAGUGGGUUGGAACAGGCCCAGCGAGAUCCCAUAUGAUCGAGCGAGCUCAGUAG